AUGGUUACAAAAGAAGGAGCCAUGUCCUUCUCGCAGUUCGGAUACCCGUACAACGCAACUUCACAGUUUUUCGUGUCGGCAAACCCCAGUACGACUUGCUGCGAUUCGAUUUCCAGGUCGGCGUCGGACGGCGCGAGCGGCUCCCAGGGCGCGGGCGCGUUCUGCUGCCCCCCUUACGAGAACCGGCUGCUGGCGAGCGCGCGCGGCGAGCUCAACGCCGCGCUCGGCGUGUACGGCGCGCCCUACGCGGCCGCGGCCGCCGCGAGCCACGGCUACGCCAACUGCUUCGCGUACGGCGGCGAGCCGCCCGCGCUCUACCCAGCGCUGACUCCGCAGUAUGACAUCAAGGAUGGCACUGGCAACCUGCACUCUGGAAUCACCCAGUCUUCUGCUUAUUACCCCUAUGAUCACUCUUUGGGCCAGUAUCAGUAUGACAGGUAUGGAGCUGUGGAUUUUAAUGGCUCAUCCAGGAGAAAAAAUGCCACGAGGGAGACGACCAGCACCCUCAAAACGUGGCUUUACGAGCACCGCAAAAACCCGUACCCCACCAAGGGCGAGAAGAUCAUGCUGGCCAUCAUCACCAAGAUGACCCUGACUCAAGUGUCCACCUGGUUUGCCAACGCCAGGAGGAGGCUCAAGAAGGAGAACAAGAUGACCUGGUCCCCCAAGAAUAAAGCGGGGGAUGACCGGAAGGACGACCUCGAGAAGACUGACCAGGACAAAGACCCGAAGGAAUGUAAGGAAGACAAGGACCUGCGGCUGAGCGACCUGGACGAGAUGGAUGAGGAGGACUGCGAGAAGCUGGACAGCGACUGCGAGAAGGCUUCCCAGGAGCAGCAGGGUCUCCAGACGCCAAUGCCGGGGGGGCCCGCCAAAAGGGACUGCAGCGGCACCAUGGUCCCCCCCAGCAACUUUCACACCUUCUCCAGCAGUAACAAGGCCCUGUCAAGCAUUGCUCCUGACUUCCUGGGCCCCGUUGGCGUCAAGUCACUAAGUGCGGCUUUGCCCGCCGCCUCGGUCCUGCCGCCGUUCGACGUGCCGGGGAAACCCCUCAUCUGGUCUCCAGCUCGGACUGCCGACGUCUCCAUGCUGACGGGACUCCCCCAGGACAGCGGGCUGAGGACCGGGAGCGCUGGUGUGGACUGCCAGCUCCAGUCGAGCAGCGUCCCUAUGGCCGGCCGGUGCAGGGAGCCGGGGGCGUCCCAGGAUGGCGCCGGCCUGCCCCCCACAGAGAGCGCCUUCCGGGAGGGUCCGCCGGCGCACGGGAAAGCCUACAGUCCCGCGGGCUUCACCAGCAAGAACCUGCAGCUGCAGUGCCCCUCUUACCCCCUGCUCUCAGACACCUGCCAUUACCUGUCAGUGGAGGGGGCCCCGCGGGCCCCCACCCGCUAG